AUGUGGCCUCUCGUCUACGCGGCGAUCGGAUCACAGCUUGACGGCAUACUCAAGGACAACCUGCCCGAAGACAUGCAUGACAGCCUGCCCGCGGAGCAGUGCGGCACCUACGACAUGCUUGAGGACCCAUUUUCAGCGCCGAAAGAUUAUGUUUUCCGGCUCGACGGCUGCAACGCAGUCAUCCUUCCCAAAUUCGCGCUGCGGGACGACGGCGCCGUGGCGCUGUCGCAAGCAAUCAAAGGCAACCCGUCAUUGAGGCUCGAGGCUCUCAACCUGUUCUACACGGGCAUGGCGGAGGCGGGCGUGGAGGCCAUAGCCAAGGCGAUCGGCUCGGGAACGCAACACGCACUCCUGACUCUCCUGCUCGGCGACAACCAAGUCGGCGACGGCGUCUUUGCACUGGCGACCGCUGUCAAACGGCUGCCCUCUCUCAUCGUGCUGGACCUCUCCCGGGCAAACAUCGGCGACGCCGCCAUGUGGGAGGGGGGCGCGACCUCCGGCGCCGCCGUCCUCUUCACGGCGCUCGGCGUCUCUUGCCCGUGGCUGAGCAACCUCUCCCUUCGGCGCAACGGCGAGCUCGCCGACGAGGCGGCGCAGGCGCUGGCAGCCGGCGUGCUCGUCUAG